GCCCAUUCCGCGAUGCGUUUGAUGUCCGCAUUUGAAGCGCCAAAAAACCUCUCGUCCAUUGAAGUUCUGCUGUCUUUGUCAGAUUUGUCAGCGAGUGCGUUGGUGCAAAAACCUGGUGCUUUUGGCUUUCUCAUGUUUGGACGGACCAAAGCUCCAACCGUCUGUGACAGCGUGACAGGUGUGACAGGUGUUGUGACCAAAGCUUGUGACCGAGAAGUGGAAAUCUUGGAAAGCUGCUUGGCUUCGAUCACGUCACCUUUUUCCCAAGUGACGCAGUGCGUAAGGGAGCGUGAGCUCGAUGAGAAGGUGACGAAGGUGACGGGUGACCAUGUUGUGAAGGCUUCCGUGAAGGCUUUCGUGAGGUGGUCGAGUGACAGGCCGAGUGAUGUGCCGCCCUCGUUCCUGCCGUCUCUAGUCUGCCCCGUUCCACCCUUUCCACUCUGCUUCUUUUGCUCCGGUCACUUCCCCACGGGACAAAGUGCAGCGGGAGGUGGGAGCAGUGAACGGCUGGGACUCGGAUCUUCCGCUUUGACAUGUGGUGUGAGCGCCGUGCAGAAAGGGUGUGCUUUGAGUCCGGCACUGCCGAAGAGCUGUGCACAGCAAAAUCACAACGCGAAAUGGACCGCCGAAAUGGAGGAUAUUGCGCUGUUGGAGUUUCCAGGGCUCAGAAGUCAAGGCCCGGAAGCCAAUGCCACCGGAAGCCCAGCGCUGUUGGAGUUUCCAGGGCUCAGAAGUCAAGGCCCGGAAGCCAAUGCCACCGGAAGCCCAGAUGUUCAAGAUCCAGAGCGUGCGAAAGUGCAGACUGAGAAUAUUCCUGCAGAGAAGAAACUUGGUUUCCCUUGCAGAGCCUGCAACCUGUUGUCACGAGAUAGGCGGGUACUUGAUCUUUCCGUGCCUCCACAAUUUCUCCCACUUGACACGGCUGGUAUCAAGGUCAAAGCGCGGGCACUUGAUCUUUCCGUGCCCCCACAAUUUCUCCCAAUUGAUGUCGCUGGUAUCAAG